CUGACACUGACUGUGUAGCUUUCCUCAUUAAAAAUGGCAGCUGUACCUGGAUUCAGGGCUCUUCUCAGCCUCGGUCGAUCUGUGACAUUGCAGCAAACCUUUGGGCUAAAUGCAGUACAGUUAAUAGCCUGCCCCUCUAUGAGGCUUUGCACUUUUAUUACAAAAAGCGAUGAGACAAAGCCGCAAGUGAACACAGAGAAUGAAUCUCUGCUGGAGAACCUGAAUCUUAUGGGAGUUGAUGUGAAAAUGGCUCGCCUGCGACAGCCUGGGGUUUUCCGUAAAGAUUUCACUAAUGAGCAAGGCCUCGCAAAGUUCCUGCAAAGCAAAGGUGCCAGCCGUAAAAUCAUCGCCGGCAUCAUAUCCCGUUAUCCUCGUGCCAUCACCCGCACGAUUAGCCACUUGGAACAGCGCUGGCAGCUGUGGAAAAACAUCUUUAAGUCGGAUAAAGAAAUUGUGAGCAUCCUGGAUCGUUCACCUGAGUCAUUCUUUCGCUCCAGCGAUAAUGGUAACUUGGAGAAGAACAUAGUUUUUCUGACCACGCUGGGACUCAACUCCAAAGAUCUCCACCGGCUGCUGACCACAGCACCACGGACUUUCUCCAACAGUUUAGAGCUUAAUAUGCAAAUGGUGGAGUGUCUGGAAGACAUCUGUGCAGAGCUUGGUGGAAGGGAUCCAGAGCAGUUUGCCAAAGCUGUUAUAUCUAGAAACCUCUACAUUCUCAUCCGAAGCACAAAGAGAAUCAAGUCAAAUAUUGAUAUCCUGAGAGCUUCCCUUAAUCUGAAUGACUCUGAACUUCUGCGUCUCCUUCAAGGACAUGGGGCAGAACUUCUUGAUCUGUCCAACGAGUAUCUGAAAAACAAUAUUAGAAACCUUCAGCAGAAGAUUGUCUCCCUGGGUUGUCAGAAACAUGACAUGAAAAAACUGAUCCUCAGCUCUCCAAUGAUUCUUUACAUUGGCCAGGCUACGCUGAGCUCUAAAUUGGACUGUCUCCUAAAAGGAGGAAUUACAAUGAACCAAGUAUUGCAGAGGCCUAGGGUUUUGGACUACAGCACACAGAACAUCACAGGGCGAUUAGAGGAGCUGCAGAAAGUUGGAUAUGACUUUGAGAAGAAUGGUAUUGGCAUCCUGGACUCUAGUCGUAAGCGGUUUGUUGCAAAGAUGGAAAAACUUGCUGCCUUAUCAGAUGACUGAUUGUAACUGCCUGUAUCUAAAAUAUGAUUUCUGACUUCUCUGAGGUCUCUUUUGUAAUUUUUUAAAAGAUAAGUUCACAAAUGGUAAAUUCUGUCCUAAAACAGUAGUCGGGUGCUCAAGUGAACAUUGACACGUUUUUCUUGCCAUAAUCAUUCCUCCUAUUCAUACUGACCAUUAGGAGAUCCCUUCUUAAUACACUCAAAGUUUAAGUCUUUUUAGUGACGAUUUUAUUUCCUCUCUUUGUUACAAUUCUUCCACUGCAUCUGAACAGGAAAACAGUCCAUCGAGACACGCAGACUGGUGA